UACCUUCAUUUUUUAAACUGUGAUUGUCGUGAUUGGUACGGCGGAUGCAAGGCGGACGGUGAAGAAUGGACUGAUGAAGGAACGUGGAAUUAUGAAUGCAACGGGAAGAAAGGAAAGGAAGCAACAUUCGUGGGAAAACAACUAAUAAAAUCUGGAAGUAAUGAAACAAUCAAUGGGUUCUGGUUCAGCUGUGACAUUAAUUCACAACGAAUUAAAUAUGAACAAGAGUCGCAUUGUAAUGUAAACUCAACAGACUAUCAUGUUGGUGAUCUGUUCAGAGAGGGUGUUUUCCAAUGGGUUUGUCUCGAUUCAGGACGAUGGGUCACAGGAUGCUUUUAUCGGAACGAAACUGGACAUUGGUUACUGCUGAAAGUCGGUGAAAUCGGCUACAAUGGUUUGAUAAAGCAUGUUUGUGACCGAUACACCGAUUCACCGGGUAUCGUGCAAUAUUAUGCUGCUGUUCGUGAUGACAUUCCGCACAAAAGUCCUCCGAAUAAAGGCAGAAAUAAGAAUCUCCCAGAUCCGAUCGAUAAUCGUCUCAAGAAAACGCCAAUUCGUUGGUGGCACGCAAAUGCAGCUCAUUUCAUCGAAAACGCAGAUGAUAGUUUCAGUUCAAAAAUUCGAUAUUUACCCCAAUCUCGUAAGCCAUGGAGCAAGUAA